CAAAUACCUUAUACCAACUUUUAACAGGACAUACUUAUACAAGAUGAGUGACCCUAUGAGGUCGAAGUAUCCCCAAUGGAAACUUUUCUUACAUAAAUUCCAAGCAAGAAGAGAUAUUCCAUUUAGAAGGAGAUUUUUUAUUGGAUAUGAUUUAUUUGGAAAUACAUAUUGGGAAUUCACAAUUGAUGGGAAUUUACAACGAUUAAGAAGAAAAAUGGAACCUUAUAAAGAACAAUUAUUCAAAGUUGAUUAUUUCGCUACUGUUCCACCUCCUUGGUUACAAUGGUUAAGAAGAACAAGAUAUGAUCCUCCAACUUUACAAGAAUUAAUUAAUGAACAAAUUAGACAAGAAAGAAUAAAAGUAUUAGCUCAACAAGCUGAUCAGAGAUGGGUCCAAGAAAAAUAUCGACUAGAAGAAGAACAAAGAUUGAAACUAGCUACUGAAUUAGAUAGAUCGCAAAGAGAAGCUGAAGAAUUUGAAAAAAGGACUAAUCCAGUUACUACUGAAUCUCCAGUAAAUGUUGAAGAAUCUACCACACCAGAUCCUUGGAAACAAGCUGAAGCUACAAAGGAAGAGAAUCCAAUUGAAUCUACUUCUAUAAAACCAUCAUCGAGAUAAACUCAAUCAUUAUGUACAUAUAAUAUAAAUCAAAACUAUUUAUUUAUUUAUUUGAAUUUUAUUUUCUUUUACCUUUGCCAAUUGAUUGUGGCAUUUUGUUUGUAUAUAGAUCUUUUAAUCAACGUCAUUUUCAUCAAAGGAAUUUUCAUU